AUGAACGCCGCUGUCAACAUCCUGGGCAAGCAGGCCCUGAAAAGAUAUGGCAAGAAGAAGCCCAACUCGGAUAACCCCUACAUGGAAACAGUCACCAUCGAGAAGAACGGCAGGACAAAGACGAAGAGACGGGAGAGGCCUAUUCCGGAGGGCCUGUCGAAGAAUGAUGCCAAAAUCCUCCGCAGGGUUCGGAGGAGGGCCUACCGCUGGGAUCAGCAAUUCCACUGCUGCUGCUUCAGCUUCCGCUUUGGCUGGUCCGCAAUCUUGGGGCUCAUUCCUAUCGUCGGUGAUGCCCUCGAAGUGCUGAUCUCGCUCUCCAUUGUGCGCACCGCCUCCAAGGUAGAUGGCGGCCUGCCUAAGCGCCUUUACUCCAUGAUGAUCACUUUCAUCAUUCUCGACUUUGCUUUUGGUUUCAUCCCGGUGCUCGGUGACGCCGUCGACUUUGCCUUCCGCGCCAACACGCGCAACGCCUGGCUGCUCGACUCGUACCUGACUGAGAAGGCCAAGGCCCUGCGUGAAGGCGUCGUGAAGGACGAGGAAGAAGGGACCAAGGUUAGCGUACCCGCAGAAUUGACGGUAUCUCCGCAGGAUCGGGACGUCGAGGAGGGCAUCGAGCCGAUACGGGAACUGGAACCCAUCGGAUCUGCUCCCCCGGCUGCUGUGCCGCCGGCUUGGACGCCUGCGCCGAAGGUUGGUGCCCCACCGUUGUCCAGCCGUAGUUUGACGGGGCGACAAGCGCGGGAUCCGAGGGAGAAGAACUAG